CUUUAUUGUACACAAAGCAGGAACUCACCGUAAAUCGUCAAUUUGGUAGCAGGCAGAAUGAAAAAUGCUGCCAUAGCACCCCCAAUCAUGUCUUCCAGUACUACUUCCGGAUCAUCUCGGGGCAUCAGCAAUAAACGUCAACAGCAGAUUUACAGUCCAGGUAGUGGACCGCUACGGAAAACCGACUCAAGUGCGAACAACCGAUCGCAUCAUUCCGAUCAACCAGACGAUCAGCCAAGGUCACGUUGGACGGUUGAAGAAUCCGAUGGCGUAACAAGUGGUUCAAACCGGGGCAGUUCUUCUGCCCAAGUCCAGCAUUCCACGAUGGACCCAGGCGUGUCCGGAAACCGUCCUGCAGGAAGCGUUAAUUGGCGGCUGGCAGGACAAUCAAACUAUGCUAACAAUCAUCCGGCACGCGACGAAAUGAGUUCAAGGAAUUUUUUACCGAAUAACGCCCCGGUAAACAGCCGGGCAGAUCGAAUGCAGCGUGACACGCGAAGUGUCGAACCCCGGUUUGUUGGCGGUUCGAAGAAAUCUUCCAUACCCUCGCUUUCGCACCUAGAGAACCUGGCACCCCGUUUACUGAAAAAAACACUCCAAGAUCUCGGACUUCCGCAGAACUAUCUAGAGAUUAAGCGAGCUGAACAUCAGCAAGCGAUGUCUCAAACGAUGCCGAAUCGUAACUGUUCUCGCCAGAAUCGAGGACGUAUACGCUAUUCGGGCGGUGGACCUAGUGGUGGAGCAGGAAAUAGUGGCUGCUACUCAAACACUGCAUAUAAUGCUGGACGAGCAAUGGGCGGUGGUCGACAAAUGAACGAUGACUAUUAUCCGCGUCCACGUAGUCGUUCGUCAGAGGUUGAUACCGUUCUGGAGAGAGGUUAUGCACCGCGAAGAAGUCAAAACAAUAGGGAGAGGAAUUUAGAUGCCGGAACAAGCAGUCGGAAUUCCAGUUGUGACCGAUCCAGGGGUACACCUAUCGGAUAUAGCGGUGACGGUAGUAGAACUGGAACCCGAUACAGACAGUACUCGACUGAUAGUAACUCAACAAUGCCUGAUAUGCUAAGUAACGACGAGCUUAGCGGUUUGGUUAACGAUGGUGUUCCUUUGUCAAAGUCAACUAAUCAUUGGAGUAAAAAGGAAUCAUUGGACUGGGCGGAUGAUGGAGGUUUGGAAUUGAAUGUGGCAGUUGACCAUCCGGGUAGACGAUGGCAAGGAAACGUUGAUAUGGACCUAGUACCACCGUCCUCUAGUAAAUCGGUCCCACCUGUAGGCAAUUAUCGCAACCGACAAAGAAAUCGAAGGGAUAAGCUUAAACGAUCAUCUGAUUCUCGAUCCCGAAAUGAUUAUUACGAUGAAUUUAAAGUGCCGUACCAACCGCAACGAGCUUCCAACCGCAGCCGACGAAAUUCUCAAUCAUCUAAUGUAAGUCGGGAUAAUAGUUCCGAGCGAGGCUACCCACGAGGCCAUGCUAAUCGACGAGGACAUUAUCGAGACUCUAGCAUCGAUCGAAACUAUGAAUCAGGCGGACGGUUUCGAAGACAUUCACGCGAUCGGUACAUGAAUCGUAGCCGGGAUAACAGCCUGAAGCGGGAGUCAGGUAAUCGACAGCACGAUGAAGAUUAUAGCGACAACUGGCGAUGUGCUAGUAACAAUGGAGCGGGACCGUUGGUCCAUAAAACUGAACAGGCGAUUGCUGAGAUGACAAAACAGUUCGAAAGCUCAAUCGGUAUUCAAAAAGCUCCCGGUGUGUUAGUCAUCCCAACGCGACUGCCGUCCAAUAAUACUGACACCAUGUCAACAGUGGGACCAGAUAACGAACGUGGAGCAACAAAGACUCUGUUUGAUCCAAAAAAUCCAUCCCAACCAAUUAUCGUAACACGUACGCAGGCAAGAACACAUCCGCGUGAAAGUUUCAGACGUGAUGAGACAAGAGACUUCGAAUCGAAUUUCAAUUUUAAAAUAUCGAGUGGACCGGCCUGGUACGAUGCAGAGCAAGCGAAACUGCUGCGUGAAAAGAACCUGGUCUACCAAGUAGUGGAAGCGGACGCGCAGCUUCAAGAAUUGGUUGAACGCGGCAACUUGUUCACUGAAUGGGAUGAAUUUAUGGCGAUUCGACACCGGUUGCAGCAAUUGCUUGAAAUUUUCUUGGUAAAGGAAAUGCGUUUCGCGCAGGAUGUAAAUUUGGAGCACCAUUUCUGGAAGCUGCUGUUUUACGGCAUAAUCGAACAGCUACGAAAGAUGCUAACUGAGACGCAGGAUGAGCAACAGAAGCAGUUCUUGCAGGAACGAGCACUCGAAGUGGUUGAAGGUGGAACGAAAUAUUUUGAACAACUUUUAGCAUUACUCGAGCGAGAGUAUCGAUUCAAUUUGGAACAAUUCAUUGGUGCGAAUGCUGCAUCGAGCGUGAAGGGUCUGCGCUAUGGGCUGGCGCUCGUCUCCUCCCAGAAAAUUUUCUUAUUUUUGGGCGAUCUGGCAAGGUACCGGGAACGGAUCACUCAAGGUCAAAACUACCGCAAAGCCACGCAGUGGUACGUGAAAGCACAACAAAUAUUGCCAAAGAAUGCACGGCCGUACAAUCAGCUUGCCUUACUAUCGGUAUACGCGAAACGAAAAAUCGACGCUGUUUAUUUCUAUAUGCGAAGUCUAAUGUCUUCUAAUCCCUUCGAAUCUGCACGGGAGAGUCUAAUGGAUUUGUUCAACGAAACGAAAAAGAAGUUCGAAAACAAUCAACGCAAACGUGCAGAAAAAUUAAAUGCAAAACGCAAGGGAAAAGAGCAACAGCGUGUCGAAGGUAAUUUGCGACGUGAAAUUUGGUUUCAUCCAGAGGGUGGAUUGCGUUUGCAUCGAACCGGGCCGAUGUAUCCGAUCGGUGCCGGGAAUUCUUGUGAUACGAGCGACGAUGAGGAAUUGAACAGUCUCAACACGAUCGACCUGAACAAGCGAUUUAUUGUCAGUUUUUUGCAUGUGCUCGGCAAAUUGAUCACAAAGACGGGCAUGGAAUCAUUUACCCAGUGUGCUUAUCAGAUGUUACGUGAGUUCCGUGCCUUGAUGCAGUAUGCUCCAAUCGCUGUUACCAGUUAUCGACUACUCCAACUAAUGUCGCUGAAUAUGUUUGCGAUCGAGAUGACAAAAUUAAAAGAUACAUCCACAACGCCGGUAACUCGGUCGGAGCUGCAGCAGUGUGCGCUCUCAUCCGGAUUGCUCAUGUUUGGGAUAUUGCUGGAGCGCUUAAUUUGGCUAAUACAGGAAGCGCUGGAAAAGGCUAAUGAUGAUACGAAUGGAACGAAUAACGAUGCGAACAGUGCGGAUGAAGUUCCGAAGCUUGUCCUGCCCGAUGAUGCCAAAGUGAUACUACCAGCAAUCAAGGUCUGGUGCGAUUGGAUGAUGUCUAACACGGAAAUUUGGAACCCACCGCCAUGCUGUGCUGAUCUAAAGAUCAGAAAAUCUAACGCCCAUGAUCCGUGGUCCGAAUUGGCGGUCCUGAUGAAUAUACUCAAGUGCUUGGAUACGAACCGGAGCAUACUGUCCGUGGAGCAAAAGCAUGGGUACGAAACAGUGCGACUGCCGGAAGAUGUUACCCUUGCCGGUUUCACACCACUUAUGUACUACGAACCGGAACCAAUUUUUGUGCAUCCCGACUGUGACAUGGAAGAGGCACAAAAUGUGCUACGCAUACAGAAGUUGCUUUAUUUCGGUACCGAUCGUUUGUGCAACUGUGAUCCGCCGGUGCUUUGCCGGGAGGCUGUACUAAGCGGGACGCCGGAAAGUGCUGCCCAGUUUUACAGCGUGGUAGAAAGUCGUAUCGAAGGGCUGGGUGAUAUUGGUUCAUCGGUGGAAAGCUUCAGCGAUGACGAAGCGCUACCAACACCGGACGUCCAGAACGAUGCCGGCAAUGCGCCGGAGAAUGCGGAACGCACCGAAAUACAGGCCAAAGUUGAGGGCUGGACAUCACCUUCUGCCGAUAGUGGCGUUCUAAGCUGUAACAAUAGCAACAGCCCGAGCAGCCUUGAAACGCGCAAGCUGUUGCGGCUGAAGGAUGAGCUCGAGCGCAAGCAACGGAUGCAGGAGAAACAUAACCAGCGAGUGCAAGACAUUCUUUCGCAAAGUACGAUCGCGGUCACCAUUGAAGUUCGCCCAAGGUUUUUAGUUCCAGACACGAACUGCUUCGUCGACUAUCUGUCAGCCAUUGAAAUGAUCGCAAAAGCGCAUCCACUUUACCAGCUAAUGGUACCAAUCAUCGUGAUUAACGAGCUCGAGGGCCUUUCAAAGGGAAUAAGACAUCCGACGCCGAAACAGCAAACGUUGGCUGGUACAGCAGUGAGCGAACUGUUAGUGCCGGCAUCGAAAUCAUUCGCACUACCUACUGCGCCUGCCAGUGCGGCGGACCCGGUUACACUACCAACCAGCAGUAGUGCGCUGAUACCUAACCUUCAGCAUGCCGCCAAGGUCGCCGAAUCAUCGAAGAAAGCGUUACUGUUCAUCAACUCACGCAAUCCAGCCGUCAAAUGCGUUACGACUAAAGGAUCCAUAUUGAAAACGUCAUCAUUCACGGAGGAGGAUGAUGUUGGAGAACUCAAGUCCAAUGAUGAUCGUAUACUGGAGACGGCGCUCAAUCUCUGUCGCCACAAUGCGAAGGACAAACAGAUCGAAAGUCGCAACCUUACUCUUGACGUCGUACUGCUAACGACCGAUAGAAACCUGCGCGUGAAAGCCAUAUCGAACGACCUUCCGGUGCGAGAAUUACCAGAUUUUAUCAAGUGGGCCGGACUGAGCGCUUAGCAAAUGGCGUCCCGGUUGGGAAACAGUUGGCUGGUAGCAUUUCGGUAGCGGAAGCGAAACAUGCAAGUGAGCAUACCGUGUACAUCUUAUUUAGUUAAUACUGAGUUUAAAAAUAAACGCAAAAUAGCGUACAUGGGUGGUUUCUUACAGUGCUUAUAGCACGUUCGGGUUUAAACUCGUUUUAAGGACUGAGUAUGUACAGCAACGAUCAAACGUAUAGUAAAGGUUGCAAAGAGUAGACAAGACCAGUAAGGUGUUACGCGAAAAAGAAAAAAAAAUAACAAAUUUUCGCAAAGGUGAUUUAUCAAAUCGUGGGUUUACCCCCUGGAAGAAUCAUUUUGCCACAAAGACCAAGAAAGGAAUAAAAAUUAAUAAUAUCUCCCAGGCGCGGUCAUGUGCGUUAGUGCUAUUUUAUCAUGCAACUUGACAAAGCAGCCUCCGUCACAAUAAGACGAUUGUUUUGCACGGAAAUGUAUCCCAACUAAAGGUAUAAUAGUUUACCCAAAAGACACAUAAUUUAUCACAAACCCCGAUUAUGUAUUGCAUGAUUAAACGAUUUAUUUUGGUUAAUUAUUGAACCCAAAUGUUCAUACCUAACACUUUGCCGUCUGGCAACACUGGAAUCGUGUUGAAAGAUCUGAAUGCCAUUCGAUGAUCUAUUCCGAGAACUCACAAAUCAAGCACAAAGUUGUGUUACCGGCAGUAUACAUUCUACUAUGUUAAUGCUAAAAUGUUCGCGUUCUAAACUACCAGUGGCUGGUAAAGUGUUAAUGCUAGAAUCUAUCAAUAUUUACCGAAAAUCCCGAUGAGAGAGAAAUUCUAAUGACAGUUCUAAAGACAAUGUUCGAAACAGUUGUAAUGCAAGCCAUGCAAAUACAGCCUAGGGGAUCUCAAACAGGAUCGAAGAGUUUCCAUCAAUAUUAAAAUUCUGUUUUAGAAAUUAUUAACUAUAUCACUCCAAAGCCGAAAAGAAAAUGUUACUAUAAAAAUACGACCAAUUGAAGAAUAACAUAUCUAGAAAAAUACGAUACGAACGAUACGAUCGGGGUUGUGUGUUUAGAUCAGAACUGACCUUCUAGAAUCCACAAUUCUAGCAAGCUAUUAGUGUACGAGCCGUUAUGGCCAAGCCCAUGCCGUUUCGUAAAAACAGCAGGCAGAGAAGAUCAGUUGUCAUUUGUUUGUUUGUUUUUUUAAAGAAAAGAAGGUUGUUAGCGCGUGAAUACCUUAAGACGGCCACUAAGUUUACAGUUAAGGUGCUCUUAAAGUGUUAAGUUCGUUGGUCCUUUUAACAAGUGAAAUGUAUCAGAAGUGCUAUUACUCGUCCUGAGUUUAACUAUAUGAAUAUUAAUAUUGGUUAUACAUAAUAUUGACAUCAUUUUACCAAGUACUCGUUACUCGUUUCGCUGCUUUCAUAAAGAGAGAUAAUUUAUGGGGGAAAAAAACUAUUUAAAAAAAAUACUCACUGUCUCACUGCGCUAAAUAUGUGAGUAGAUUAUGGUCUUUGUAUAACAUUUCUUUUAUUUCUCAUAUUCUAUUUAAAGUUUGGCUAUUAUUUUUUUUUUGCAAUCUUUUUUGAAGUUCUAGAAGUAGCCAGUGGGCGCUAGGAUUUUGCAUAAAGCGAACAUUCUAUGCUUUGUUCAGUUAAAGGGGAUAUACGUAACACAUCUUAUGUUCAAAUCAAUUGAUUGUUUGUUCUUUAAACUACAUGUGUUUUUAGUUUCUUUCUAUUCGUUCGUAACUCAAAUGCACUUUCGACUGAUGAUUAUACAACAGCAACUAGGCAAGAUGCUUUGUUUGCAAUGUACGCGAAACAAUUGCGAAAGGCUUAAUUUUUUUUAUUAAAUUAA